AUGGAAUCCAUAGUGACUUCUGUGCAACGCCCCAGUCGAGCGCUGUUCUCACACAUCUGCCAUUUGAAUCGUGGUUACACCCCAAUCACCCCUCAAUUGUCGUCGCUUCCCUCUCGCUCCCUCCGCCCAUUGUCAUCCUCUGUCCGCGCCGCUACCACCACCAUUCCUCAUCGCAAAAACACUCGAUCUUUCGAAAUAGCUAUUCGAGGCUUAUCGACUAUGGCUUCUGAGCCCCAGUUCGCGGAAGGUAUCGACGUUGAGCAGUGGCGGCCCCGGGUGGACACACUGGUCGGGAACGGUUGGAAACUGGAUGAGGACGGAACGGGCGUGCUGAAGACGUACUAUUUCAAGACGUAUUUCAAGGCAGUGAGCUUUGUCAAUGUCAUCGCGUCGCAGAGUGCGGCCGAAAAACAUCACCCUACUAUGACCGUGAGGAUUGGUUCUGUUGAUGUCCACUGGACAACGCAUCGCCCCCGUGGUCUCACUGAUAAGGACUUGACCAUGGCGCAACACUGCGACGAGGCGGCGGAGAUGAUGGGCUCGGUGGACCAAGACAAGGGCAAGAAAUGUGGAUAG